AUGAGAUUCCUGAUGGUGACACUGGCCAGAAAGGUUCAACAUUUAAUGAGGGCAUCGAUCCUAUCCUCCGUGACUGCCAUCUCAUCGUCGUGCAGGAUGAGAGCUGAGUAGACGCAGGCGAGUUCCGAGACAGAGGCCAAGCUUCGGGCAAGUGUCCAGUGGGAGCUGCCAGGGGCCUGUACUAGUCGCCGGAUUAAGUGAAGGCCUCAUCCCAAUAUGGCCUGGUUUCGUCGGAAGGACGGAGCAUCUUAGAGGCAACUGAGCAAAGGGCGACAUAAACUUUUUUUUUUUUUUACAAUUGUGGGGUCCGGCUGGAAUGCAGUUCAGAGAAGCCCCGUCGCAAACGCAUCCGGGAGCAAUUACCAAGUUGCACCACCGGGAAGAGACCUGGGAACACCUCUCUAAAUGACAGCUCUGCUCCUUCCGGGGCCUUUUCCUAUAGGCGGUUCCAGUCACGUGGCGGCAUGGCCCCGCCCACACCUCCCAGAGGCCCGCGCGCGGGGCGGGCUGUUCUGCCGCUUCUUUCUGGCGGGCCGGGUGCGGCCAUGGAGGGCGAGCCGCCUCCUGUGGAGGAGCGGCGGCGGCUGCAGCAGGAGCUUAGCGAGUUCGUGGAGAGCUGCUGCCGGACGCUGGAGGAGGUGACGGCGUCCCUGGGCUGGAGCCUGGAUCGGCUGGACCCCGGGGAGGAGGGGGCGGCAGAGGAUGACGUUGUGAUAUGCCCCUAUGAUUCCAAUCAUCACAUGCCUAAAUCAUCUUUAGCAAAGCACAUGGUAUCUUGUAGAUUGAGGAAACUGGGCUAUACCAAAGAAGAAGAGGAUAAAAUGUAUAAUUCUGAUUUUUUCUAUGAGAAUGUGAAGAUACCUUCAAUUACUUUGAAUAAGGACUCACAAUUCCAGAUAAUUAAACAAGCUAGAACUGCAGUUGGAAAAGAGGGUGAUUGUUAUAAUCAAAGGAUUUAUUCUUCAUUACCUGUUGAAGUUCCUCUGAAUCACAAACGGUUUGUUUGUGAUCUAACACAAGCAGAUCGUCUUGCCCUCUAUGAUUUUGUAAUGGAGGAGACGAAGAAAAAGCGCUCGGAUUCUCAAAUUAUUGAAAAUGACAGUGAUCUCUUUGUAGACUUGGCUGCCAAAGUCAAUCAAGAUAAUAGUCGAAAAAGUCCAAAGUCUUACCUUGAAAUCCUAGCAGAAGUGAGAGAUUAUAAAAGAAGACGCCAGUCCUAUAGAGCUAAGAAUGUUCACAUAACCAAGAAAUCAUAUACUGAGGUGAUUCGGGAUGUCAUAAAUGUGCACAUGGAAGAACUCAGUAGUCAUUGGCAGGAAGAACAGGAAAGACCAGAGGAUGAUGCUGAAAAGAAUGAAGAAAGGCGAUCGGCUUCAGUAGAUUCACGGCAGUCUGGUGGAAGCUAUUUGGAUGCUGAGUGUUCACGACAUAGAAGGGAUCGGAGUAGGAGUCCACAUAAAAGAAAAAGAAAUAAAGAUAAGGAUAAAAACUGGGACUCAAGAAGAAGGAAAGAGAGGGAUGGGGAAAGACACCAUAGUCAUAAAAGAAGAAAGCAAAAAAUAUAAAUGAGCAACAUCGUGAUUCUUGGAUACCCAGGAUAAAGACUCCAAGACUCCUUCACUGGAUUAUGGCUCCUUGAGAGCAGGUUUUACAUUUUUAUCAAUAUAACCCCCCCAGUGGUUGUCAAUUUAUUAUCUUAAAUUUUGACAAAAGCAUUUGCAAGCCCCUGUCAUUUAAUAUCUAAUUUUUGAUUCAUAAAGUACUGAUAUUAAUAAUAACUAUAACUGUUACCCA